GGGCCCGUGGCAGGGAGUGCAGGGCACGAGGCCUCCCUCCCCAGGGCAAGCACGGCAGGAGGCUUGCAGGACCCCACUGCCUCCAGGGCAUGGCCCCCAGGGACAGCCCUGCUGGCCUCGGGAAGGGAUCCAGCUCCCCGCGGCUCUCAGGCAUCCAGGGCUGAACCCCCGCCACGGCCUUUUGCCAUCACCGAGAGCUGCUGCUGCGAGCAGAUGGCCCCCCCGGCCUCCUCCGUCAGGCCUGGCAGGGCUCAGUGGUAGCAGGCAUCCCUCUAACAGGAUUUGCAGCGUGAUGGAGGCGAGCGCCUUCGCCCUUCUUGGAGGAGAGACAGGAGGAGAGACAGGCGCUCGCCGGGGCUGCUGUGGGAGAAAAUGGCUGGCUGCCCACCCCCCCAUCUCCUGCCCCCAAACGUGGCCCGUCCUCUCCAGCAGCCCCAGGACAAGGGCAGGGAGCUGGGAAGGGGGAGAUGCAGCUGGAGGAAGGGAUAAUAGCAGGGACAGAUCAGGAGCAAGCAAUGGAGGUAAAAAUAGAUCCACCGAGUAGAGGAGGGGCUAAACGUGAGAGAAAACCCUGAGCAGAGGCAGGUCGGUGGGGGAGCCCCCCUGGAAGGGGCCCUGCAUCCAAAAGGGGCACAAGGGGAUGUGCCCUCCUGGCCCCCAGGGCAGAGGGGGGACUCGAGAUCCCACACUCAGGGCUGCUGAGGAGAUGCCUGGGGGGAAACACCUGCCUGCUCCCACUUCCGCCAGCCCGGCCACGCAGGCGGAUGGACGGGACCUGCAGGGCUUGGAUGCCAAAUUGCUGGGAUGCAGCAAGCCCGAAGCUGAGCUGGGGACAGAGGUGCCAGGGACAGAGGGGACAAGGCAUGUGGCAGUCCCAGCAGCAGCCAAGGUGAGCUGCCCUCCGGUGUGGGAUGCUCCCUGAGCCCCUGCCUCGCGGGAGCUGCGGCUGACUGCAAGUGGGAGAGCUGGGAAGUCAGGCCAAAGGAAUUUGCAAACAUUCUUUAGCACCACGAGGAUCCCAGAGCAUGUAAACAGGAAUAAAGGCCGGGUGGAGGCAGGGGCCAGGGUGAGGCGGGGGCUGCCACCAGUUCCUGCGAGACCCUCACUGACUAACCUGCCCUGAAGAGCGCCAGGCACCACGAUCCCAAAUUUACCAUUCCCUACUGCAGCUGAUCUGGUGCAGAAUUGCCUGUGAAGGUGAAGGGGGGGCUGCCGAGAGACGGCCAGUGUCACAUUAACAUCCCGGCAAGGCACUGCAGGGAGCCGACGCUUUGAUCGCCUGCCCAAGAGCAUCCUCCAAGGCAGGCAGGAUGCUGCUGUGAGCCCUGCCUUCCCCUGCCCACAUCAGCCUUGCACCCAGCACCCUCAGGGCUGGCUGGAGAAGAGGGGCACGGGGCCCGCUGGCGCUGCCCCGUCUCCCCAGGAUGGUCUCCCGCGCCAGCAGCUGCUCCCCGUGCUCCUGCUCUGCAGCCAGACCAAGACUGAAAGCUCCACACGCUGCCAGCAUGUUUUAGCCUCAUGCAGGCGUCCCUCAGAGACCCCAGAGCAGUGGACAGUAAUGUGAAAACAAUACUCAUGUCGUGUCUGAAAGGGCAACAGGUCAUCAUUAAAAUGGAGGCGAUGAAAAUCAUCCACCCAGAGAAGUUUUCGGAGCUGCAGGCCUCGCAGCCGCGCUACGCACCGGCCCCGCGCCGCGAGCCACCCCUCGUGGCCAAGCGUGCGUGGCCCUCUGAGUCCGAGAUCAUCGUCAACCAAGCGUGUGGAGACAUCCCUGCCUUGGAUGCCACCCCCAGCCCCUUGCCGCUGCCCCGGACUCCCCCAUUGCCGCGGCGAGAGCGCGGGUACCAGAGCCAGCGGAAGGGCAGCUCGGAGGUCUGCUACCACCGGCAGCCACCAUCAGACGAGGUGAUCGUCAACCAGUACGUGCUACACCCCUCGACACCCUGCGAGCCUCUCGAGUGCCCCACCUGCGGCCACAUGUACAACUUCACCAACAAGCGGCCCCGCAUCCUCUCCUGCCUGCACUCGGUGUGCGAGGAGUGCCUGCAGAUCCUCUACGAGUCCUGCCCCAAGUACAAGUUCAUCUCCUGCCCCACCUGCAAGCGGGAGACCGUCCUCUUCACCGACUACGGGCUGGCGGCGCUGGCUGUCAACACCAGUAUCCUCAACAGACUGCCAGCUGAGGCCCUGGCCACCAACCCCGUCCAGUGGAGCAGUGACACCGACCGCAGCUGCUACCAGACCUUCCGCCAGUACUGCGGGGCUGCCUGCACCUGCCACAUCCGAAACCCCCUGUCUUCCUGCACCAUCAUGUGAGCCCCCGCUCCUGCCCGCACCCCUGGCAGCGGGGCAGCUGGGAGCAGAUGGCGCAGCACCCACACCCAGUCCCCAGGCCAUUCUUUGCUGCCAAAGGAUGCUCUGAUACUCGCCCUGGCCAAGGAUGUCAGACCAGCAUCUUCACUGGCACUGGUGGGGGGUGGUGGGGAUGCUGGGACCUGGCAGGAGCCCCCUACACCCCGGUGCUGCCCAGGAAGAGGGACACUGCGAUGGGCAAAACAUCUACCAGCACACCCAGGGGCUCUGGCUCCCCCAAGUUCUGCAGUGGGUGCCCCCGCUGUGCAUUGAGCAUCUCAUCGGGCUCCUUCCCCAGGCGCCUUCUUCUUCUCCUCUCCCCACGGUUCUUGAGAGCGGACACACGUCCUGACCAGAGAGACACUCUCCAUCACCCCGUGGCCACCACCUGUGGCACAAGAAGCCCCGGAGGUGCACUGAGUCACCCGCCUGGCACAGGAGGCAAGGACAGGUCCCCGGCUGCCCACCCCCCUUCUCUGUAAGUUAUUUGCCAAAGCUUUCAUCUCAGUGGCCAAGCCGCCAUGCGCCUGAGUCGCAGCCACGCCAAGCCAGCGCACCCGUCCCGCGGUUGCGAGCAGACAUGCGGCCCGUUUCCUCCACAGGCCCUUGAGGAAAGCUCCACUUUAUCCUCGUUUUGGAGGAUUCUUGUUUUUUCCCCCGUCCAUCCCCAGCCGCCCUGUCCCAGGCUGCUACUCAUUCACAAAGGCAUUGAGCUGUGCCCGUUCUCUGCCGCUUCAUCCCAGACCCCGCACUCAUGUCCUGUGGGAUGGCUUGGAGGGGUGGCAUGGGGUGCUGUGCCCCAAAAUACCAGCUACAGUGAGGGAAUUUGGGUGGGCAGGGGGGCAGAGGUCUGGCUCCUGCCCAUGGUCCCUUUCCCAGAGCAGCACCUCUCUCUGACCCCUUGUGCAGGGGGGCUGGCAGGGUGGCAGCCCCCUGGGCACACUUGCUUUUUCCAGGGCAUCUGGAGGGGUAGGUUUGCUGCCAAAAAAAGCAAAAAAAAAAGAAAAAGCCAUAAUCUGCAGGUGCUCCCAUGGGGCUGAGUACCACAACCUGGCAUGGCUGCAGCACCAGGGCCACAUGCCACCCAGUCCCAGGGCACCAGGGCUGGGCAAGCCGAGGGGGCCCUGCAGAGCUCCGCACCCUGGAGGAAGAGCAGCCCCAGUGCUGGCUGAAGCCCAGCACCCAUCCAGGGAGAGGGGCUGAUCCGUGCCCCCUGCCCACUCCGAGGGAGCAGGCGAUGCCGCCGGCGCAGCUGCCGGCGCAGGACGGGGCCGGGGCCGUUUCUGUGUUGCUCUGCCAAUGCCUCCCACUGCUGGUUGUGACAAUGAUCCUGUUUUAUACCCGGCCUUGUUCUGACCCCCAUCAGUCUCCCCAAUAAAAGUUAUAUUGGAACGAA